AUGAAUUUAUCAGUAUAUGGUUCACUUACCACAAAGGCUUCUAUAGCAAUUAUGUCAUUCACAGUGGCGGUGGUUGGUCAACUUCUUGAUAAGCAAAGGAAAGAACGUAUUGCGGAUGCUAGUAAAAGAGGUCAAAAUAAAGGUCCACAACCUACAAUUCCAGAAUUAAACGAUGGUUAUCCUCCGCAAUAUAAUGAUCCACCACCAAAAACAGCUUUCAAUCCCUCUGAAUAUCCUCCUGAUAAAUUAAAUUAUAAUGUUGCUGCUGCUGAGCAACAGGGAUAUUAUGUCCGAAGUCCGAACAUUUAUCAGCAACAAAGAGAUAGCAUUAAUAGCGAUCCUGUAAGAGAUAGUUCAUCUGCGCCGUUAUUUCAUAAUUAUAACUCAUCUCGUCGUGAAAGCAUUUCAUCCGCUGCUGGUCAGGUUUACAAUGAGCGUUCAACUAGUCCUGCCUUUAAUCCCAGACAAUAUUCUACACCGACUCCUCCCCCUCAUAUACGACAAGUAAAUCAACCACCAUAUAUGCAACAGUCGUCUCAACAACUUUAUCAAGCAAGAUCCCCUCGUUUACAUAAUGUGGCUGGUCCACAGAGCUCAAUGUCAUCUCCGAUA